CCGGCGUGCCCGCGGCCCGUUAGCCGCGCGGUUCCUCACCCUGCGGCGCGGGGUUCGCACCCGGGGCCGGCCCUGCGGAGUAGCGGGUCGGAGCGGCUCCGGCUCCGGCUCCGGCUCCGGCCGCGGUCUGCCCUUCCCCGCCGCGCCCCCGGCUUUGGGCGCCUUCCCCUGGUAGGGGCGAGCGAAGCGGCCCCGUGGCCGCAGCCUGCGUUACAGACCGUCCUGGCGGCUGUCGGCGGGACUCUGCCUUGAUCUAAAUGUGCGUUUCAGCGGGUGGCUGCCUUGGUUUACGGCUUUGUCGCAGCAGCAGCUCCUCCAGCCGAGCAGCAGGGGAAGAUUGCCAGGGGAUUAUUGAAAGGCCUGCACAGCGGAGAAGGCUGGCUUCCGGAGAGCAUGAGGGAGGCUGCAGCUGAAUGCCAGCUGGGGGUUCCUGAGAGCCUGUGGAAGGGCUGAGCAGGAGCCAUCGAGAGACCCCCACCGAGCUGCAGCUGUUCCCGGGCCUGCUACAGAUGUGGAGCUCCUCAAGAGCUCAGCUGUCUCCCAGGCAACUAGAGCCGGGGAGGCCCCCUCAGCUGCGAGGAGACACUGAUGGAAAGCAGCAGCCAGCCAGGCGCAGGCAAGGCGCAGUGGGAACCUGGCUCUCUAGCCCCUUACACAGAGUUCCCCUGAGAUGCAUUUUUCUUCCCCCUCCUGGUCAGAGUCUUGCAGCAGGUGACCGGCAGACAAGGGGCUAGAUCCUGGGUCUGCGUGCACCAAGACUUGCUCCCUUCACUCCCCGGGCCAGCAGAGAUUGCAGGGGAUGAGAAGUACGGCUCCCCUUUGGGGCUCAAGGCAGAGGGGAGCUGUUUGCCCAUGAGAGACCAGGGCUCCUGUUGCUUAUUAAUCCAGAGCUUGGGGACUCUGCGAAGAGCCACGGGGCCUGGCAGCCAGACUUCCAGCAGCUCCCUGGAUCCCCGCCUUGGCUUGUAACGGAGCAUCUGGGGCCCAGCUGGGCUCUGUAGCAUCCAGAGAGCCGUGACUGCACCUGCGGUUACUAAAGAGCCCCCAAGGAGCCGGACGCAUCUCUGUGCUGAUCUCCAGUGUAUUUCCCCCUGGCUUUGUGUGCCUCCUAGCCUGCCCUAUGCCCUUCUGCCACUGCCACGGAGAGGGUGGCACAGGCCGGCUGGGACGUCAGCAGCCAACGCAGCGGACCCAGUGACCCCACCCCUGCCCCGGCAGGGUGGUCCUUUCUUCUCCCCCCUCCACCAUGAAGUGCUCCCUGCGGUUUUGGUUCCUCUCGACCGCCUUCCUGCUGGUAUUUGUCAUGUCUCUCCUCUUCACGUACUCGCACCCCAGCAUGGCCUACCUGGACCCCGACAGCCCAGGCAGCUUCCACCGGGUCAGACUGGUGCCUGGCUACGCCGGCAUGCAGCGCCUGAGCCAGACCAGGCGCCUCGGGGAGGGCUGCACCUGCCACAGGUGCACGGGGGACGCAGGGGCCUCGGAGUGGUUCACCAGCCACUAUGACAGCAGCAUCUCCCCGGUGUGGACCAAGGAGAACAUGGAGCUCCCGCUGGAUGUCCAGAGGUGGUGGAUGAUGCUGCAGCCCCAGUUCAAGUCCCACAACACUAAUGAAGUCCUGGACAAGCUCUUCCAGAUCGUGCCGGGCGAGAACCCCUAUGGUUUCCGUGACCCCAGGAAGUGCUGGCGCUGUGCUGUGGUGGGCAACUCGGGCAACCUGCGUGGCUCUGGCUACGGGCGAGAGAUCGACAGGCAUGACUUCGUCAUGAGAAUGAACCAGGCCCCCACAGUGGGGUUUGAAGCAGAUGUCGGGGGCAGGACCACCCAUCACUUCAUGUACCCAGAGAGUGCCAAGAACCUGCCUGCCAACGUCAGCUUCGUGCUGGUGCCCUUCAAAGCCCUGGACCUGCUGUGGAUCACGAGUGCCCUGUCGACCGGGCAGAUCAGAUUCACAUAUGCGCCUGUGAAGCCCUUCCUUCGCGUGGACAAGGAGAAGGUGCAGAUCUACAACCCAGCCUUCUUCAAAUACAUUCACGACAGGUGGACCGAGCACCACGGGCGAUACCCCUCCACGGGGAUGCUAGUGCUAUUCUUCGCGCUUCAUGUUUGCGAUGAGGUGAAUGUCUUUGGAUUCGGGGCAGACAGCCGGGGCAACUGGCACCAUUACUGGGAGAACAAUCGCUACGCAGGGGAGUUCCGGAAGACCGGAGUGCACGAUGCGGACUUUGAGGCGCACAUAAUUGACAUGCUGGUGAAAACCAGCAAGAUCAACGUUUACCGCGGCAACUGAUGCUCUGGGCUCUGUCUUCGGCUUUCAUUUCAGAAUCAGGUUUCAAGUGACGGGACAGCUGUCACAGGCCUUGCUGUGACAGAUCCCCGACCAAUCACAAUGAGCUACAGGGUUCGCUCUGAGACCCACCUGACCAGUGGCCAAGUGGGGGUACUUGGUUCUGCCGGCCAAUCAUGUUUAGAGAGAAAAGGAAACUUCUUUUUGUUUAAAACUUUCGGAUGAAAAGGAUUUACAAAGAAAACUGGCCCCUGGUUACGUUGGAGGCUUCCAGCCCGGUUUUCCUCAUGGUCAAACCAAAUGCUGCUCUUUUUUUAAAACCAAUCCUGAUAAUUUCAGAACAAAGCCCAACCAAUCAUGGCCACAGGCUGAAGGCAAGCUGCAUGUUUCGACCAAUCAGAUUUUCUUUUCCCCAUUGGCCCAAUCUCCCAGUGCAAUGACACUAGCCUGUGAGCGUCAGCGCUGACUGACCCUAUGGAAUGGGUUGGUUUCUACAUGAAACACCCAGGUGAACGUCGCCUUUUUUAAUGUCUCCUUUUAGGCUCCAGUGACACUUUAUUUUGUACAAUCUGGUUCAAAAUGCUGAGCAGCCAGUCAAUUCCUUUUGCGUGUCAGCACAAUCAGUUUGACUGGGAAAGUUCCAGCUUGGCAAAGGGAGGGGAUGAGAGAGUUAGAGGAAGAGGUGUCGGGCGGUUCUUGGCUUUUUGACAGCCAGCUGGGUCCAAACCAUUCGGAAUGGAGCCUGCUGAGAAGAGUUCUUGCUGAGCAGAGGAUUUUAAAGCCUUUGGAAACAUCAAGAGGGAGGAAGACCCUGCCCUGGUGGAGAAGCAGCAUUUGGGUGCUUCUGAUGUAGGGUCUUGGCAGACUGCAAGUUUCUGAGACUGGUCAGUGGUUAAAGUUUGUCGGGAGCUAGUCUCAAUAAGUGGGAGGAAAGGAAAAGAGGGGGAACCUCCGUUUAAAGCCUGGAGUCUGCCUUUUUACUCCCGUGAGAAGGAGCAGUGUCUUGCUCUAGGACUGACUGGUAUGAAGAGAAGCCAUGCCAAAGGCAGCUAAGAAAUCUGAAGAGCCUGUGUCUUAGACCGCUUCCCCAUCUCCAUCCCAACCCCACCAGGGUUUAGAGAGGGAAGGGGGAAUUCUCUAAUCUAGAACCACACCCUACCGCCCCACACCAGUCCCUCCCCCACAAGUGUUGCCUCCAUUAUCUCUUCCACCAGAGCAUGUUCUUGCAACAAGCAGUCCUUGUCUUUGCAAGAAGCCGGUGUUUUUACCAAUUAUGAUGACAGGGAAGUGGUGGCCCGUGGCUGAGUAAGAUCCUGCUUUUCCAGGUUCAUUGUAAAUUGCCCAGCUCAUCCUCACAUCAGAAUGAAGCUGUGGUGGCAACUUCCAGCCAAAUGGCUAGUUGCUAAGCUGUGGCGAAGGGAUUGUCCUUGCAGAUAGACAGCUGAUCUCAUUGCUGAUGUUAUGGGCAGAGACUCUCCUCUCUCUAGAUGGCUGCUUCUCAGCAUUGCUGAUGCUAAUUUGCCCCUGCAAAGAGAGAGCUGGGACAGGUAGUGAGAAUUGGCUGGUGGGCAUCAAAGGAAGACUAGAAAGGAGCUGGGAGGAUGGAUUUGUAGAGAACUUGCUAGGGAGGCACCAGCUGAAAGCUAUCUGAAUCAAGGUAGGGGGCCGUCCUUGAUGGAGAUCACAACAUUAGUGCUUGGGCUGGGGGUGCUUCUGCACACUAGAUAAAGAAAAAAAUAGAUUUCCUUUCUGUUGCAAGAUGAAAGAGCAAAUUGUAGAACACUUAGAACUUUGGUGAAUGAAGUGUCUUUAAAAAUAGAAAACUAAAUCUAGACGGCCCAAAUCUAGAAGAGCUUGCCCCAUUUUUAAUCAUGACUGACCUCUAGGAUUUGACUCAUCCGUGGACUAAUUGCCUUUGGGCGGGAGACUGAGUUAAAGGUAAUGGGAAAGGCUUCUGUGAAAUCUUAUAACCACUGGAAGGAGUAUCUCAUACACUGACUUUCACAGGAUCCCUUUCGCAAGCCGAGACCUCUUUGCAUACCCUUAACUCUUCUCACCCAAUAGGGAUGUCCUGCCCUUCCUGUGCAUUCAUUUUAGCUUGACUUGGACCAUGCCACUGGACUGGAGCCCAACCUAAGCCAUCUAAGCCAGUCCCUGCUUUGCGCUCUGCCUUCGUGGGGUUUAAGGCUACAGACACAGUUAAGUGAGAGCUCCUGGCCUAGCGGUAUGAUGCAAAGAGAGAGUGAAAUAACCUCAUCCAACUAUAGAGGAGGCUUCCCUGUUUGUUUGGGGGGAUUGGUCCAAACUGGGGUGUGUUCCAUUAGGGAGCAAAGCCUGCAGCUAUGAAAUGUUCUCACAGGUAUUAGCUAAAUCAAAGGAGAAUGGCUUCUUAUUUCUUGGUUGGCUGGGUUUUUCAGGUAGGUAUCUGAUUAAUUAAAUAAAAUGCAAUCAUGCCAAACAGUAUAGAAUGGAAUAAUUUAUUCUGGUUUGUAUCAUAGUUGGAUUGUGUGGUAUUGGGAGACACAGGGCCCAGAGUGGCCAGAUCUCCUUUUUGCAAUAGUUAUUUAAAGAAAUUAUGAUAGGGAAAGGGAGUUCUUUUUGUAUCUGUGACUUUUCUGUAUGGCAGUCUCUCCCGUUUUUGAGGUUUCUUCUGCAGUUGUGAAAUGUACGUUCUUGGGCCUAUUACAGCAGCCAAACAGAUGGCUCUUGUUUUCAGUCUACAGGGCUCUAAAGAAGUGAGGCUGGUGAAGGUCUGAGGCCGUUUUUAAAAACGAAAGGUUCUGCUUGUGAUGUCAUGCAAUCACAUGACCUGCUUGCCAAGCAGUCAUUUUGGAUAAUCAAGGGCAAAAGAGGUAACUCCAUAGUAGUGACCCUCUGAGGCUUGUAAUAGUGUACUGGAAACCAAAAGUCAGCAAGUCAUUGCAUGCUGGGGUGUUUGACAGGACAGUAAAACCUGUGUUCUUUCUGCACCUCUCUCUUCUUGGGAACCAGGGGAGGGAGAUGUGAUUUAGUGCAAGCCCAGUCUCUGUAUCUUUUUUUUUUUUUUUUUUUUUAGAAAUAAAAAACAAACCAUGAGCACCAAAGAGUGCCUUGAAUCACAUACUGUCUGUCAUACUGGACUCCACCCACUGACCAUGCUGUGUCUGGGGUUCACGAACCAUGCCAGGAUGUCGAUGUCUGCUUUUAGUGGCAGUCUUGGCUGCUUCCUUCAUUGUUUCCAUGCUGCCAUGUUAAAAACAAAUCUGAGCAAGGUACUGGGGUUAGCUGAAAAAUGCCACUCGUGGGGAGAGUAGAGAUGCUGCCAGAUGCCGCCUUUUCUGGAGCUGCUGCUGCAAUUCCAAACCUGCUGCUGCUCUCGGUGCUGGCUGGUGCAACGGGAUGAGAGAAGCACCUGAUUAAAAAUCCAGUUGCUGUCUUUGGAAGGGUUGGUCUCACUCCUGGCUCAUGGGCAGAGGCAGGACUGGCUUGACAAUCAAGGAGUGACAGGAGCCACCCUACCAACAAAUGGGAUGUUUCCAUGCGGUCUCGAAUCCAAGAGCCAGUCCUGUAGGAGGAUGAAUUAUUCCAUUUUCCAGUUAGUUCUUGGAAAAUAAUCUUUAGUUCACCCUGCUACAAGGACUUGCUAACACUUCUUUCCUUGGCAGACUGGCCAACAAACGCCUGCAUGAGCAUGCUGCAACCCACCCCCACGGAAAAGGGAACGUGGAGGCCAUUCUCUACAAAUACCACUGUACUGUACAUAGAGGAAACUACACAGAGGCUAUGGGCAAGGUGCACUGGUGCCUUCCAGAAUGGAGCAGAGAUGGAGAGGAGACUAGUGGAACCAGCUUGGAUUCAGCUGAGACUGCCCCAGUUUGUUAUCUCCAUCACGAUCAAAACAGUUCAGAAAUAGCUCUGCACUUAGUCAGGGCUGCCCUGACAUGCUGGGAUCGGAGCAGCCCUGACAUGCUGGGAGCUGCAGAGAGCAAGUUUGUCAAUUCAUGGCUGGUCCAGGGUGGUUCAGUCUUGAGGAACUUUGAAAGACGACCCAAGGUCCCAAUUCUGCAUAGAUUCCUCCUGCAUAUGCUCAGGUUCAUGCUGCUCCAUUCGAGUCAGUGAGGCUGUUCACGUGCAUCUCUGGUGGACUGGAGCCCAAAAUCCUACCACCAUCUGGAGAAAUGGAGGGUUCCUCUGUGGUGCACCCAUGGGUCCUGUGGUAUCCUACUGAAUUUACGGUCAUCUUCCGGAUGCCUUGCAGCGCUUGGCUCUUAGUAAAGGUGACUCAUGGUCCAGCCCUGUCUUCAUCCACUCUUCCUAUAAACCAGUCUGAAAAGCAGCUUGGCAGCCUUCCCGAUAGCCUCUGUGUACUUUGCUACUUCUACACACGACUGUCUUAAAACUUUUUUUUGUUUUGUUUUGUUUUUGUUAAUAAAAGGAUUUAAUCUGAAGCCUUCUGUUCCUCUCCUUCUGUUGUAAGCAGCCUGCAAAGCUGAGCCUGCUCUCCCCUGCCCUCUGGUUUCAGUGUUAUGCGCACUUCUGCUGUCUUGAAGGGGUUUGUUUUCUUUCAUGUGCCACAGUUGGAAAAAUGGGGUUUAUUUUAUGUUGUACAAAAUAAAAUCUGUAUCUGUUCCUUCUCCUGG